UUUCCAAGAUGUCUGGACGUGGCAAACAGGGCGGCAAGGCUCGCGCCAAGGCCAAGACCCGCUCCUCCCGGGCCGGCCUGCAGUUCCCCGUGGGCCGCGUGCACCGCCUCCUCCGCAAGGGCAACUACGCCGAGCGGGUGGGCGCCGGCGCCCCGGUGUACCUGGCGGCCGUGCUGGAGUACCUGACGGCCGAGAUCCUGGAGCUGGCUGGCAACGCGGCCCGCGACAACAAGAAGACGCGCAUCAUCCCGCGCCACCUGCAGCUGGCCAUCCGCAACGACGAGGAGCUCAACAAGCUGCUGGGCCGCGUGACGAUCGCGCAGGGCGGCGUCCUGCCCAACAUCCAGGCGGUGCUGCUGCCCAAGAAGACCGAGAGCAGCCACAAGGCCAAGGGGAAAUAACUUCCUUUGUUUAGUUCUAACGCAAAUCUAAGGCUCUUUUCAGAGCCACCACAUUUUCUAAAAAGAGGCUUGACAUCUACCUUUGUCAUCAAGUGGAACACAGAUAUGCGGAAACAAACACCACCGUUAUACUCUCAGCAAACUAGGUUCAGUAAAUUAGUUGGAACACUUUCGGUCCCCUAUUUGUGUCCGGACUCGUCUCGUGGCUUUCAAGUACCAAUGUUGCGGGCAUAAUAACAGGAUUAGAGGUGAAACCUGCCAGUCUGGUUCCCAGGGCAGUGCACAAAGCUUACUCCUAUCUAAAGUCUAUAAGGGUACAGUUUCCGAAGGUAG